ACGCCGUUUCCAAACACCCGCCCACCAACGUGAUUAACGGGCCGUCGGUGGAGCCGCAACCGCUCACUAUAAUAGAAACGGGAUCGGCGGCACGGCCGGAUUCUCCAUCAAUGGCGUCGCUGCGCACCGGCGCUUGCGGGCAGGCGAUAUUGCGUGGAGGAGCCCAGACGUCGCGCUGUGUGUGUGUGUGUGUGUGUGUGUGAGUGAGUGUUUGAUAGCCCCCCCGUCAGGCCCGUAGAUGAAACGGCUUGGCGGUCCGAGGCCCGUGUCACCGGGUUUCCAGACAAACGACGAGGCUACUGCGUGCCGCUCUGCCGCGCCUUUGUCCUUGCCGCGUGCCGCUGCCGCCGUGUGCCUGUCGUGCGGCUGCGUCUUUUCGCUUCUUGUCUUGUCUUUCCAGUCUUGGUGGUCGGCGUGCGGCUCAUCGCGGCUCCUCCAGUGCCCCUUACCCCUCCCUUCCGCGCCGAGCCUCCGACGACUCCAACGCUUCCAUCCCUGCGCUUACUCUGCACGUCGCUACCUAUAUGCCUCGCUGGCCGGCGACCGGCGCCAAGGGGGCAUUGGGGGCGGCGAAAAGAACGCACGCAGCCAGCAAACACACAGAGGGCAAGCAGAAACGGGCUGCCAUUGCCGCCACUGCUACCGCGCAGGCAGCGAGCGGUGCGUGCAGCACGUGCAGCGCGAGCCGACACGGGAGAUGCAUAAGCAGGUAUCCCAGCACGGCCGGAAACGGAAAUGACCUUGGGGGGUUAGGACGAAAUCGCCACUGUUUGUUUCGUUUCUACGAGAGCUGGGUGCUCGAGCUGUCUUGUGCUGUGCUGUGCUGUGGGUCUUGUCGGCUUGUCUGCUUGCGACAGCGGCCCGUG